UAAAAGUAAAACAUGCUAUAUCUGGCAUUAAACAACUUUUUAUCAUCAAACACAUCAAUAAAAAAAAAAAACAAUUAAAAUAAGUACAAAUUGCAUUUCGUAUGUACACACAUGAAUAUGCUAACGAGCCAAAAACUAACCGUACCAACCCAUCCACUUACACACGGUUGGCCAUUUCACUGCACCCCAUUUACGCAGUCAUCAACUGCUUCACAUAACGCAGCGUUUAUGUGUAAGCCCGAAACGCGUGGAGGAAAAAGAAACCAUUUGCUCAUUAUUCGUAUUUUCCGUCGAACGGAGUUUCGCAAAAUCCUUCCGCUCGUUUACAGCAAGCGUUCAUUGUGCCAAUCCUUACGUCUUCUGAAGGGGACGGGGGACUAGCUUUAGACGCUGCAGGACUCGAUAGACACGAGUCAGCUUACAAAAUUCCACUUGUGCAUGGCUCGUGUGUGAAUAGCGAAUAAGGGCCAGCUCCCUUGAUUUCCAUGCACGGGUCAGGGUGACGAUUUGAAAGAAGAAGAAGAAGAAGAAAAACAUAGAACCUUGUCCGCUUCACGCCACAAAUCCCUUGUUUUUUUUUAUUUCCCGUGGAGCCAUUACAGGCAGGGUGAGAAUCGUGCGAGGUUCACAAUAUCGGCAUUGCAGUAAACGGAAGAGUAAAGCCGAAAGAAGCUAAGGAACCCCAUCGACAUGGUGGACAUCCUGGAAAGUGGGGUAUAGUGUGGAUUGGGGAUAGAAGGAAACAAGCCACAACAGACAACGUGCCAUGGGCUGCGGUCCUUCUUCUGCAAGAGGUUUUCUUCCUUCCCCUUUCGGUCCACAAACGAGGCCAACCGGCGGACGGGAUCGGGCUUCGAGCGCAUCAAAUAUCGAUAAAAUGAAAUCAUAAAAAUAAUUUGUAAAUGAUAUCGGCAGCAUAUUUAUGGCGCAUAUAGUAAGCGGUUACGGCUUACAUUCCGUUUCGUACACAUGAACCCGAAAAAUUGGAGACGAUCGAAUGGAACGAAACGACAGCAGACCGCACAGCUUGCCCUAAUGAUGAUACUCCACCGAAGACAAUUUUCCAAAAAACCCUCAUCGUCAAUAAAACGAUUUCGGUCAAGGCACAGGCGAGGCGAGGUUGCUCUGAGUUUGCUCCGUAAUAACCAAACCGAAAGUUGUCUUCACCGUACAAACCGUACCGACAACCGUACAAUUGCUAGCAUUUAUCAUGCAAAUUUUGAUAAAUUCAUCUAAUUUUCCACCUCAAAAGUACCACCAGCGUGGGUAUGAGUGUGUUAUACGGUGCUAUCUAACCCGGCUGGGUGUUAAUUAAAUGUUUUGAUUCUGUUCUCUCCCUUUUCUUUCAACGGGGUACUGAAGUGAGUUCUUAAUGACGCAACCUAAUGUGUAGUGCCCUGCCUUCUCUUCCACCCGCAGUCAAUACUGGUUGCCUUUCUUGGCAGGGUGCUUUAGUGCAGCACUCGCUAGUGUCACGUUUUUAUCGUUAAUUGUAAGCGUACCCUUCACCGUCACGCGCAAUCAUUUCAGGUGAUGAAGCUGGCGACAACACGCUGGACACGAUCCCAAUACUUCAAAGGUUCCAAUCCCAUCUGGCAGCAUGGUUGUACAACCAAAAAAAAAACGAGAAAAAGGAAAUCAUCUGCUAAAGAAGGAUGAUACAGAACGACCCAUCUCGGGGCAAGCUUAACGAACACAACAAAACAAAUCUUUAUUAUCUCACUCAUUUUAUGAGAGUGUGUCUCUCAGUGUGUGUCUCUUUCUCAUGGUUUCUCAUUUCACCGAAAGUGUUCAUUCGUGAACACUUAACUCGGAAGCAGAAAAAGAAAAAGAAGAAAAAGGAAGGGAAAACAUCAAGCAAAAGCUCGGAAAAUUUGUAUCGAGCUCCAACAGAGAGCGCUAGCACGAUUUGCAGCUUCUUCGAUGUUCACACUUCGAAACGUGAAGCGUUCUCUCACUCUCUCGCUCACGGUUGGCCACUGAUUUUCCCUUACCACCCAGAGCGUCAUGGGUCUGUGAUGAUAGUUUUGCUACGUGUUUUACACUUUUCCGUAGCCGUAUCUGUGGAUCGAUACGCGCAUGCGUCUCUUAGGUACUUGCCUGCGCCAAGACACAGGGUGAUUUUACUUUUGUUUUGAUACAUUAUACCUUAUCAAAUGCAAAUUAAUUCGUUUCAUGAGAAAACAUAUCUUUUUUUCAUAUCGUAUAUUACAAUUUUAUGUUUUGAUUGUGUUAUUUUGCCAUAUCUAAUACAAGGUAAAUAAUAUGGUUGAUUAGAAACACAGUUUUAUUUUAAAUUUGAAAUCUUUCUAGUUAAUGAAGUAUUUGACAGGUUUGGGAGAAAAGCAGAGAAAAAUUCCAACGAAAUUAAUUCAUAUUUCUUCCUUCCACUUAAAGGAAAAUUUACUAAAAUCUUCUUAACUGUCGGAAAAUUAUGUGUAUGUGUAAAUUAUAAAAAAUACCAAUUACAAUCUGUUAAAAAAUAAUCAACAUUUACCCU